CACCAUUCAGCUCUUGGCUUCUUGCACAAUGUGGAAGGAACUGCUUUCUAUAGCCUUCUACCGGGCUGUCUUCACUGAGUUCCUGGUCACUGCCAUCUAUGUCUUUUUUGGCUUGGGGUCAGCGCUGGAUUGGCCAGAGACGCCCUCCAUCCUGCAGACUGCCAUCACCUUCAACUUGGCAGCAGCCACGGCUGUCCAGAUUGCCUGGCACACCAGUGGAGCCCACAUCAACCCAGCUGUGACCAUGGCCUUCCUGCUUGGCUCUCGUGUCUCACUGGUGAGGAGUGUCUGCUAUGUGGUGGCUCAGCUGACUGGAGGCAUUGUCGGGGCAGCCAUCCUUUAUGCAGUGACUCCUGGGAAUAUCCGGGGAAAUUUGGGCAUCAACACGGUGAGGGCCAAUGUUUCAUCUGGACAAGCUGUUGCAGUUGAGCUCAUCUUGACCCUCCAGUUGGUUCUGUGCUAUUUUGCAUCCACAGAUCCACAGCGUAGUACAGGUUCCCCAGCUGUCAUCAUUGGCAUCUCGGAUGCCCUGGGCCACUUAGUUGGGCAUUACUAUACUAGCUGCUCCAUGAAUCCAGCCAGAUCCUUUGGUCCUGCUGUCAUAACUGGGAAGUUUCUUCACCAAUCUUCUGGGUUGGCCCCUUAAUUGGUGCGGUCUUGGCAUCUGUCCUUUACAACUUUGUUCUUUAC